AAUUUCGGUACUUCUUAAUUUGAGAUGCUGGAGACCACUCGGCGACCUGAUAGACAUCGACAUCGUGUGAAUCCGUUUGAAUUGAGUGACGAAGAUUUUAGGUAUAAGUAUAGGUUCUCAAAACGUUUCAUAGAAAAAAUAGUGGGUAUCUUACGUGAGGAUUUAGUGCACGACCCUCGAGGAUGCCCAUUGAGUCCUGAAAUUCAAGUGGUUUGUGCAUUACGCAACUGGGCUCGCCAUGAAAUUCAAGACGAUAAAGCUGAUUUACAUGGUGUGUCUCAACCAGUAGUCAGUAGGACAUGUAAAAAAGUAGCGGAAAUUUUGUCACGGAAGUCCCGAGAAUUUAUUAAAAUGCCUACUACUUUAAAUGAACAGCAGGAAACCAUUAGGAAAUUUCGCAGUAUUGCUAAUUUUCCUACAGUAAUUGGCGCAAUUGACUGUACUCACAUACGAGUAAAGAAAGUGAAUGCUGAUGGGGGUCAGUUAUAUAUUAAUAGAAAAGGAUUUUCUUCAAUUAAUGUACAGGUGGUUUGUGAUGCUGACCUGAAAAUCAUGGACAUUGUUACCAGGUGGCGUGGUAGUGUACAUGACUCCAGAAUAUUCCGAGAAUGUAGACUAAAACAGAGGUUUGAGGCUGGUGCAUUCUCUGGAAUAUUACUUGGUGACAGUGGCUAUCCUUGUACUCCUUACCUAUUUACACCGUUGCUGAACCCCACAACACCACAAGAAGAAAGAUAUAAUAGGAGCCAUAUCCGUACCAGGAACACAGUGGAAAGAGGUAUGUUUGGAGAUAUUGAAACAGCAAAAAAAACAAUUGUUGCAUGUGCUGUACUACACAAUAUGGCCAUCGACAUGAGAGAAGAUGUGUUUUCUGGUGAGAGAGAUAGCAUUGAACAAUAUUCAUCUGAACCUAUAGUACAAAGCUAUAUUGCACCAUCAAUAAGGGGAAAUAUUAGAAGAAGACAGUUUAUUGAAACUCAUUUUAAGUAGACAUAAUACCCAUUUAUAAAGGAAAAUAUUUCUGCAGAGCCGUUGUCAGCUGUCAAAGAAUAACGACUACAUAUUCACCAAUAUGAAAUAAAUUCAGGGGAGUAUUGUGAUAAUAUUUCAUUUAUUGAGCAAAAUGCUUUUAUUUAGGCUAUAAAUGAUUGUGUUUCAGGGAAAGAUGCGGGGUACAGCACAUUCCACAUCAACAUGAAGCUAUAUUAUAUAAAGAUUUAAGUGCUGUAGAGAUAUGUUUAGAUUUUUUAAUAAAUAUCGUCCCUCCUCUACAUUCACAGCCGGAUUUCCUUUCCAGAGGUGCACGGGUCCACGGGGAGUAGGACUGUAUGAUGACUAAGUAAUUAGGUUUAGUUUUUUUUAUUAUAGUUUUUUACUAUUGUAUAUUAUAUUUCAUUGUUAUUUAAAUAAAAUGCAUAUUAAUUAU